ACAAGACGUCCAGACGAACAAUCUAAUUUCGGGGGGAUUCGUAAGAUUCGGUAUAAAUACUGCGAACGCCGUUCAAAUGUUUAUCACAGUGAUUUACUCGUUCUUUGCGAAAACAAAUCUCGCACAAGUGUUUACCUAUACAACGCAUCGAAAAUGUUUUCAAAGGUAAGAUUAUUAUAUGUUAUAUAUUUUUAAAUUUUAUUAUAUACUCUCGUGUAUAUAGGAAUAGAAAAAAAUAUACCAGUAGCGCCUGAAUUUUAGAUAUUUUAUAUUUUAUAUUAUUAUUCGUAUAAUACACGAUACACAACUACACCCAGGGUUGCGAAGUGUUUUCAAAAUAAGUCUCAGUGUAUUAAACGUUAAAAAUCCAAUUGAAAUUUACAAAUAUGUUCUGAGAGUGAACAUAUUUAUAAAGUUCGUAUUAAUUUUUAAAAUUUAAAUCAAAAUAAACAGUUCCUAUAACUUUUGUAAAAAGAAGUAAUAUUUCUUCAAUUGUUAUUUAGUUUUUAAAUAAUUAUGAUGAUAUUUUAUUUUAUAAUAAAUUAUUAUUAUAAAACGAUAUGAUUUCCAAAAAAAAAAAAAAAAUGUUUAAAAUAUAUACAUUUAUUUAUAAUUAAAACGAAAAAGUUUUUUUUUUCUUUUUAUACAUUUUAAACUAUUUUUUUUCAACUUUGCCUAUGCUUAUCGUCCGUUCUAUAUUGAAAUAGCAAAAAAUGGCAGUAAUAUUCGAAUAAACCUAUAAAUAAACGAAUUAAAUUUCUUUUCAUUUCGCCUGACUUUCCAGUGCCUUCUCGUAUACUGUUAGCUACCCGGAAAAAACCUCGUUAGUCGAAAUUCUACAUGUUAGAAUCCACCAUAGUUUUUUUGCUUUUCUUGUAAAAUUUGGUGAAAUUGAUUCGCAAAGUUUCGCCGGAUAGCCCAUCGGCAAACGACUUUUAUCGAAAGAACAAUAACGUUUCAGUUGGUCGUGUUUACCGCCUUGUUCGGAUGUUCGGUGUUCGCUUACCCGAAACAGUUCAACACGUUUUACGAAACCAAACAAUACGAUCACCCCGUCGCCGAACACAGCGGCUACGACGAUGUCCAUGAUCAUCACGCGGCCACUCCGUACCAAUUCGAGUACGGCGUCAAAGACCCGCACACGCACGACGUCAAGAGCCAACACGAGACCAGUGAUGGACACGGCAACGUCAAGGGUUCGUACAGUCUGGUAGAGCCCGACGGUUCCACUCGGGUGGUCGAGUACACAGCGGACAGCAAACACGGUUUCAAAGCGGUGGUCAAGAAAAUCGAACCGUCACAUUACCACGGUGAAGCCUAUGGUCACGGUGAAGUCCAUGGACACAGUGAAACCCAUGGACACGGUGAAGCCCAUGGACACGGUGAAGCCCAUGUGCACGUUGAAACCCACGGACACGUUGAAUCCCAUGGACACGGUGAAGCCCAUGGUCACGGAGACUCGGACUACCAUCAUCAUUUCGAGUCACCUACUCACUCGUACCAAUCGUCGUCUAUUUACGACCAUGGGUACCACCAUUGAAAAUCAUUAUCGCCCGGAGAAAACCGCAUCAUGGUGCUGUUUUUCACGCUGCAGCACGUGAUCGACACCGAUCUGUAUUCGCCCGUUUUGAAAACAAGUUUUGUUUAUUGUUAAGUAUAUAAUACGAUACCUAAUAAUGUUCAAAAAAAAAAAAAAAAUAUACACAUAUAUAUAUACCACGAAACCUAACACUACAGUUUUUAU